AAGCUUGACAAGAUAUCAUCUGUGUAUGUAACAAAAUAGCCGCAAAUAAAAUAAAUAAUAAAUAUAUUUAUUAAGUAAUAAUGAUGUAAAGUGAUGGGUAGUCAUUCUAUUGAGUUAUCCAAGUAGAUGCCUUAUCAUAAAUGGAAAGCUACAGUUUAAAACGACUGACAUCACAUUGUUGCCAUCCAAUAUUUAUUGCGAUAAGAAAAAGUUGUCUAAACAUGUGACGCUUUGUUAUAAAUUUAAUAAUGGAUCAAAAUCUAGAAGAUACUUUAUACCAAGUAAUACUUAGACAAGAUCAGGAUGCCAUUAUUCAUCUUAUUGCUCAAGGUGCUAAUCCAAAUAAAGUAACUAGACAUGGAAAAACUUGCUUAGGAGAAGCAGCUAAACUUGGUAGUAUUAACAUUGUCAAAUUGCUUAUUGAUGCCACACUUGCUAAUAAAACUGCCUCUCAUGAAAAUAUAUCAAAGAAGCGGAAUAUUAAGUGUCACAAGAGAAAACUAAAAUCCACUGGUCAAUACAGUGAAACUGUUGUUAAGUACAAAAACUGUAAUGAUCGAAGUUACAGGGAGUGUCAAGUAGAAAAAUCAGGUGGAGUUGAGUCAGAAAAUAAAGAUUGUUCUAAAUUUGAUAAAAAUAGAGGCUACUUUGUUUUCAUACAUAGUGAUGGGUCCAGUAGUGAUGAAAGUAGGAUUAGUCUGAGAUCACCAGUGACACCACCAGCCUUGCCGCUAUCUCCACAGAUUGAUCUAGAAUGGGAUGAAGAUAUAGGAAAUGUUGCACCUACCACAACCGAGGAUGAAACUUGGUCAUCAAUGUAUAAAUGGUACGCUGCUAUUUUGGAGUGUACUGGAGCAGCAAUAGCUUCCGCAUCAGUGGUAACAAAUGGUAUUGAUCAACAAGAUGCAUUUAUGAGAACAGCUUUACAUUAUGCUGUAGAACAAGGCAAUGUUGCUAUUGUAAAGUUAUUUAUAGAUGCAGGGUGUAAAGUUGAAAUCACUGCCAGUGAUGGUUUAACACCGUUACAUAUAGCAGUUAUGAAGAAUCAACCAGAAAUCACCAGACUGUUACUAGGUGCGGGAAGUAAUGUUAAUUAUAAGACACAUGAGAAAAUGACACCUUUACAUUUUGCUGCAUCUCGCGGAUUCAUUGAACUGGUACAGAUAUUGGUUGCUAAUGGAGCUUAUAUAGAAGCAAGGGACACAAAUGAACGGACAGCAUUGUAUUUGGCAUCAGGUCGAGGUCAUGCAGAUGUUGUGGCAUUCCUUGCAUCUGUUGGAUCAAAUGUUAAUGGGGAAGAAAUACAUGGCUAUACACCACUAUGUGAAGCAGUUUGGCAAAGAUAUACAGAGGUUGUUGAAGUAUUAUUAAGAGCCGGUGCUAGAGUAACGCAUUGUCAUAAAUUAUUGCAUAAUGCUAUCAUACAGCGUCAGGAGGAAAUUGUGAGAAUGUUAUCAAAUUUAGGAGGAGGGAUAAAUUUACAUAAUGAUAAUGGAGAUACGCCUUUACUGUUAGCGGUUCGACUAUCGCAGGCGAAUAUAGCACAUAUAUUACUCCGCAAAGGAGCAAAUGUCAAUGGCACUAAUAGUAUAACAGGUGCAAAUGCACUUCAUAUAGCAGUUGAAAAUAUCGAAGAUUCUAAAGACUUUGAAGAUAUGCUUGUGUGUUUGACACAAUACAAUAUUGAUAUGAAUGCGACAGCGCUUACUGGCGACACUGCACUCAAUAGAGCUUUGCUAUUACAAAAGGAUUUCGCUGCUGUAUUACUAAUAAGAUAUGGAGCUGGUGUUAAUGCCUGCGACCUUCACUCUUGUGGUUUGGACAAUUUAUCUAUAGCAAGUAGAAGAAAAUCACACCAAUUAGCCUCAAUGUUAAUAAAAGCCGGACAUAUGACCACACUGGAGUCAAGUUCAGUGAAUUAUCAUAAAUCUGGUAACACAGCUAACUGGGUACUGAAUGCUUGCAAGGAACCGUUGUGUCUCUCAGAUAUUUGUAGGAUAAAAAUCCGACGCUUAUGUCACAAUUCUAAUUUAGUUGCUUUCAUAUCAGGACUACCUUUACCAAAGAGCUUAAAAAGAUUCCUUAUGAUGGAAGAUGAAUGUGCACAUAUAUUGAGUCAUGUUUGACAUAAGUGAUAUAUAAACUUUGUAAGUUAUCAAGUAUAAGUAAUUGUGUGAUAGUGGAGAAUUAAAAACAUUUACUGUGUUUUUAAUUUUUAUUAAAAGAACAUACAUAAAGAUACAAUUGUAGUACAAAUGUGUACAUUAGUGGAAAGUAUAAAACUUUAGAGAAUGAAAAUCUAUUCUUAAUGUUAUUUUAUUAAAAUAAAUGAUUUCUUAUAGUAGUUUCCUAUAGAGGUGUCUAAUUUAUUUAGAUUUAAAACAAUAUUUAUUAUAAUUAUCACUACAAUGUUGUAACAAUGUGUAACACUAGAAAAAAUAUAGAACCUUGAUCUCAUAAUGUUUUUUAUUGUUAACAUGUACCCUAUUAAUAAAUCACAAAAAUAUUUUUAAUAUCAAGCAAUAAACUACUACACAAAGUUAGUAACAUAAAAUAACAAAAUAAUGAAACACAUCCAAAUAUAACUGGCCCAUUUUUACAAACAGUUCAAAAUAUCAAAAUUUAUCAAAAAAUUAAAAACAUAUAUGACAAUAUUAAAUUAUGAGUGCAAAAUAUUAUUAAUUAGAUUGUUAAAACAGGCCAAUUAUAAUUUACUAUAACACAAUACUGACAAUGAUAUGUGAUAAUCAAAUAUUUGAUUUAAUGUUCACAUCUUUGGUUUUUUAUUACAAAAAUGUUUAAAACAUGUGUAAAUAUAUUA